AUCUAGACUAUAAUCUAGGAAACAAGGAAAAGCUUUUGUGUUGUAAGCAAAACUCUAUUUAAAGCUUGUCCGACUGAACACUCAACUUAGACUCACCUCAUUGAGCCAUGGAGAAUCAGUAUCCCUCUUAUUGCUUCCUGUAUCUACUAGCUUGGAUCACUGUAACAGAUGCUACUAUUCAGCUAAUCAUUGUUAACAACUGUAACAACGAAUUGUGGCCCGGAAUCCUAGGAAACCCGGGUCAGAAGAACCCUAAAGAUGGCGGGUUCCACCUCAGCAGCCGUGAGGAAGUUGUUCUAGACCUGCCAGAGAAUUGGUCAGGUAGGCUAUGGGGUAGGCAAGGUUGCAGCUUCAACAAAGAAGGAAAAGGACAAUGUGACACUGGUGACUGUGCCAAUCAAAUGCAAUGCCAAGGAACAAGUGGGGCCCCACCAGCAACGGUGGUUGAAAUGACCUUUGGUUCCUCCUCCUCCCCGCUCCAUUACUAUGAUGUGAGCCUCGUGGAUGGAUUUAACUUGCCGGUUUCCAUGAAGCCAGUAGGAGGAGGGGUUGGAUGUGGUGUCGCUAAAUGUGAUGUUGAUUUGAAUGUAUGUUGUCCUUCAGCAUUGGAACUGAAGAAGGGGAAUAAAGUAGUUGGGUGUAAGAGUGCUUGCUUGGUGAUGCAGUCUGCAAAGUACUGUUGUACAGGGAAGUUCUCAGAUCCUAAAACCUGCAAGCCAACCGUGUUCGCUAAUCUGUUUAAGGCCAUUUGUCCAAAGGCUUACACUUAUGCCUAUGAUGAUUCUUCUAGUCUUAACAGAUGUAGAGCUCCUAGAUAUGUUGUAACGUUCUGUCCUCCUAAUUAGUUCACUAAUUCUACGAAUGUUUUGUAAUUUGGAGGACAAAAUGUCUCUGAAAAAGGUCUUGAACGUUUUGCAUAAUUCUCCUAUAGCCCAUAGCUGCAUAAGAAUGUUUACGUGCUUUGAUUUAAGUUUGUA